AAAUUAUUCUUUUAAAAGUAUUAGAAAGUCAUCUCUCGAUUUAUGUUCACUCCCUUAAAUGACAAAAUAAGCCUUAAUUUAAAUUUCAAACUGCUUCUACUUUUAAAAGGCGGUUGCCCCAAGACACUAUGGUAAGCCAUUCCCAAUUUGUGAUCCGAGAGACCUGAGGCUGUUUGAACCGAUAAAUUGUUUGGUUGGGAAUCACUCCGAGCAAGCCAAAACCAAAGGUUUCUAAAAUAUUUCUAGAGGUCCUGCGCCUCUAAACACUAGUUUAAUUUCCAUUGACCCCUAAACAUAGUUCACCCAGGUCAUGCCAUGUUAUUAGGUACUGGUGGCCAUUAGCAUCUGGUAGGUGAGUUGUUUGAUAUGAACAUGUGGCAGAGAAAAUCUCGCUUCCAUUCAAGUGUUUUAGGCCUAAACUCCAUUUAGGAAAACCAAACGUUUGACGGCAAAAUGUCAUCCAAGGCAGUUCUCUUUAAUUUUUUUGCCAGUUCUGCUUCUCGUAGAGUUAGAAUAGCACUGGCAAUAAAAGAAAUUGAGUAUGAAUACAAAGCAAUUCAUUUGGUUAAGGGAGAACAACUGGCUGAUAACUACAAAGAAAUAAAUCCUCAAUGCCUUAUUCCCACUCUUUUGAUUGAUGGCCAGAAGUUGACUCAGUCUCUGAGCAUCAUUGAAUACCUAGAUGAGACAAGGCCAAAUCCACCACUGUUACCAAAAGAUGCAUUGAAAAGGAGUCAAGCAAGGACAUUGGCUUUGAUUAUUGGAGCAGAUAUUCAACCAGUCCAGAAUUUGCGAGUUCUCAAAGCAGUUGGUGAUGAUAGAAAAAUGGAGUGGGGCAAAAAUGUUAUUGAUAAUGGAUUUGAAGCAUUUGAAAAAGCAUUGCAAUCCACUGCAGGCAAAUAUUGCAUUGGUGAUGAGGUCACCAUUCCAGAUCUUUUUCUUGUACCUCAAGUGUACAAUGCUAACAGAUUUAAAGUUGAUAUGUCAAGAUUUCCUACAAUUGCAAGAAUCAAUGAUGAGUUGUCCAAAUUGGAGCCAUUCCAGGUGUCACACCCAUCACAACAACCAGACUGCCCUGAAGAACUGAGAUAGAAUUGCUUUUUUCAAAUAACUGUAAAAUUAGGAUUUAGGUUUUCUUACUAUUUAUAUUAAGAAAUAUA